UACAAGCUUUGUAGCUGGCUUUCUUCACUAUAAUAUCUCUAUUGAUCCAUGGUGAAAAGGAUUGUGCUCAAAGUUGAUGUUUCCUGCCAAAAAUGCAAGAGAAAACUUAUGCAAGCUAUCUCACGCUCACAAGGAGUUGAUAAAAUAGAAAUUGACGUCAUAAAAAGCACAGUGACAGUCACCGGAGAUGCUGAUCCGAUAGAAGUGAUUAUGCGAACAAGAAAAGCAGGCAAAUUUGUUGAAAUAAUAAGUAUAGGACCACCUCCACCCCCUCCAAAACAAGCAGUAGAAUCAGUAAAGAAAACUGAGGACAAAAAAGUUGAUGACAAAAAGAAAACAGAAGAGAAAAAACCAACAAAUACUACCACAAAAGAGAAAAAACCAGAGGUACCACUCCUGCCAUCACCCCUACCAUUACCGCCACCGAUGCCGGCCAUUGUCAUCCACACCCCGUCAACAUGUCCGAUGUGCCAACAUAUUGGAGUUCAUGAUCCUCAACCUUCUUGUGUUGUGAUGUAAUUAACAAGCGAUCUAGUUUUUGUAUUUAUUUUCAUGUUAUUUUUCAUAGUUAUAUAACAACUUUGUUUAAAUUUUGUA